AGAGGAAAGCCACUGUGCAGGAUUUACAUUCUUCAGCAUCAGGGCUAAGCUGUGAAAAUGCGGCCCUCUCAUUGGCUGCCUGCCGGUGACGUGUGGAGGAAGCCACCUUGAACGUCCUGAAACAUUAACGGAUGAUAAGGCUCGUCAGAGAGGAGUGGCUCCGAGCAGCUGCGGCUAACCGGGUCCCAGAACCCGCAUGAACUCCGCCCGUCCGGGAUCACAGACAACUAACACAGACCGCUUCUUACUUCUGAGCACCAGUGGAUCACACAGGACGGAUUUAUUCCUCUGAGACAAUAACAAUGCGUAUCCCCUACAAAAAAUGUCUUGCAAUGAUUCUGGUCAGUGGACUCCUGCUCGCACUGCUUCAUGCUUGGAUUCCUCGGGCCAGCUCAGGAGUUGACAUAACACCAAGAGAAGGGGGUCAAUUAAAGAAGCUCCUCGAAGGGAAAAUUGGAGAUAGCAUCGGUGGCUAUGAUAACAUUGAGUACCAUAUAAAGGACGAUGUGGCAUGUCAUUUGCCUCAAAACUCGUGUAUGUGUCUGGCUGAUGAAGAGACCUUCCGACUGCCGUUCUCCAAUCUGCUGUCCCAACGCGUGUGGGCCCACAAGCUCGAUCUCCCAUUCUUGGAGUCGCAUCCUGACCCUGAAGGUGUGAAGCGUCACAGAGCUCAGGAGUAUAACAGCUUUCAGAAGAGGUCCUACAAUCCUGCAGAUGUGCUUAUUGUAGCGGAGGCCAACAGUCCUCUUCAGUAUCCAACCCAGGGCGUGGAGGUGCGACCGCUCAAAACGAUCAUCAUUCCUGGUUUGGCUCUUAAAGAAACGGGAUCAAAUCAUACAGUACAUUUGACAGCAUCACUUGGGACUUUUGAUGUUGCUGCUACAGUAGACGGGGUCUUCGUUAAAGGAGAGGGGGAGAAGCACAUGAUGCUGUCAAGUCCUCUUCUGUCCACUCUGAACAGGCAGCUGCAGUUCGUCACUUACACGAACACUGUUUUCCAUCCCAAGACAGCAGAUACAGUUCAGUUUGCAACUGAAGGUCACCAGUCGUUUUUCACCAUUAAAGUUGGACAUGGAACCAUACCUAAACUGUACAACUCUGGAUAUCAAAAAGAGUACAAUAUUACUGCUCUUGUUACCAUCGCCACCAAGACCUUUCUACGCUAUGACAAACUCAAAGACCUCAUUGACAGCAUACGGCAAUAUUAUCCCACUGUCACUAUAGUGAUCGCAGAUGACAAUGAACACCCUCAACCAGUAACCGGGCCUCACAUUGAGCAUUACAUCAUGCCAUUUGGAAAGGGCUGGUUUGCAGGUAGAAACCUGGCAGUAUCCCAAGUGACCACCAAAUAUGUGGUCUGGGUGGAUGAUGAUUCCUUCUUUACAGCAGACACCAAAUUGGAGCGGAUGGUGGACAUCUUAGAGAAGACCACCCUGGACCUGGUUGGUGGUGCAGUUAGGGAGGUGACCGGUUACAAAGCAACAUACCGUCAUACCAUUUCAGUGGAGGAAGGAGGAGAGGAGGGAGACUGCUUACAUAUCAGAGAUGGCUUCUAUCAUGUAAUCGAGGGAUUUCCCACUUGUGUAGUAGCUGAUGCUGUCAUCAACUUCUUCAUGGGGAGGACAGAUAAGGUGCAUCAGGUGGGGUUUAACCCCCGCUUGUCACGUCGCGGUCACCUGGAGUUUUUCAUUGAUGGUCUGGGCUCCCUCCACGUUGGCUCCUGCAGCGAUGUCAUUGUAAGCCACGCGUCAAAGAUCCACUUGCCCUGGAGUAAAACAGACUCACAAAAGGCCUAUGAAAAAUUCCGCUAUUCAUCUUCCAGCGCAGAUAAGGAUGUUCAUAAUGAAGUCUUCUACUUCAAAAACAGGUUCAAGUGCAUGACCAGUCAAUGAAACUUUGGUUCCCACAUGUAUCUUUGCUGCCUUAAUGUUAGGAAAAAACAGGUAAUUGUUGUUAUUUUGAGGCAAAGUGAAGCCUUAAGUUCAAAAAGAAGGUAUUUUACAGUUUGUUUACAACCUUAUCUCUUGCUGUAAAACAGAUUUCAGGUUCUGUACAGAUUACGAUUCUUUGGUUUUGACAAAAGAAUCCUCUCCUCUCCAGCAGAUAUGUACAGUAUUACCCUCCAAAAGUUUCAACCCUGAUUCAAUAGAAUAGAAAUAGAAUGCAUCAAAUUCAAAAUAUGUAUACAAGUUUCCCAGUUUGUAUUGUAUUCAACUGAAUCAUUGCACUCAGGAUCGUGUCAUGUUUGUUUUUGUGGGGGGUUUUCUAUAUUUUUUGUUCAUAUGACUUUAAAAAAUUAAUUCUGUAUCUUAUUUCAUACAGGAAAAUAGGGUAAGGCUGGGGUAAAAAUUUUCAAGCUGGUUUGAAAAGCCGGAUUCAACUUACAGUAGUAUACUGAAUUUCAGCACUAGGCGUCGAACGUUAGUCAGUAGUCGUCGUCCAUAUUCCUCCCUCCCACCUCUACUACUCUUCUUGCUGGUGUCCAUUUAUAAAAGCUCAUCAUCAGUUGUGGGCAAGCUACUUUAAAACAUAGUGUGCUAAAGUACUGAUUACUCGAUAUUAAAAGAAGCCUCACUCCACUAAAGCUACUGUUACCAGCAAGUUAAACUACAACAUUUUAAAAGGGGUUUAUUACAUUGAAACUACACAUACACAUCCAUGCCAGUGGUGUGUAACCAAAUGUGUAACCAAUUAACUUAUGUUAAAUGUAUGAGUUGGGUUUCCUGGAAUUGUUAACUUAUUAUUCACCACAGAGAGAGAACAGUGGGUGGAACGUAUCUGUGGUUGCACUUGGGAAUUCCUUCAUCAAGACAUCAGCAGUGAUCCAGUCACUGUUAAUGUUUAGACUUUUUUUUUCUAAGUCAUUUGCACUAAAACAACUUGGAUGAUUGUAAAUUGUCUCUUUUCUGUCCGCCUAUCAGACCUGUAACUGUAUUAUUGUGUAUAAAUUUGAAUAUACUUUAUUCAUUAUCAUAAAA